AUGGGUCGUCUUCUACGCCUGCAACUGCUUCAUCUGUCUCUCAAUUCCUUCAGUGGGAAAUUUCCAUCUAAUAUAUCUCACUGCACACAACUAAGAGUGCUCAAUGUUAUUUCCAAUGAGCUUACUGGGUCGAUCCCUGAUCAACUUGGUUCAUUAUUGAAGUUAACUCAUCUAUGGCUUCAGGGUAACCAUCUUACUGGAAAAAUCCCAGAGUGGAUAGGAAACUUUUCAUCUUUGUACAGUAUAGCUCUUGGCGACAACAAUUUACAGGGAAGGAUACCCAAUCAGCUCGGGCGCCUAACAAGCCUGGGAAACUUCCUAGUUUGGAGCAAUAAUUUGUCUGGUAUGGUCCCUUCUUCAAUUUAUAUUAUCAUACACAUUUUCAGUGUUACUGACAACCAGCUGCGUGGAGAGCUGCCGCAAAACGUUGGCAUUACUCUUCCUAAUUUGGAGGUAUUUGCCGGCGAUGUCAACAAAUUCACAGGAACUGUUCCAGCAUCAUUGUCAAAUGCUUCUAGACUUCGGCUUCUUGAUUUUGCUGAAGACAAUUCACUAGGAAGUGGGAAAGAUGGUGACCUUACUUCUCUCAAUUUCCUUGCUAAUUGUACUAAUCUUGAGGUGUUGAGUUUUAGCCGUAAUCAUCUUGGAGGAGAAUUGCCAGAUUCCAUAGCUAACCUAUCAACCAAACUGAGGAUAUUUACAAUAGGAGGAAAUCUGAUAUAUGGACCCCUCCCUACUGGCAUUGGAAAUCUGGUAAACUUGACAACUCUUGGAAUAGAACAAAACCACAUUGGUGUUAGUCUCCCUGAUGUGAUCGGGAAGCUUUACAAGUUAGAGGGACUGUAUCUGAAUCUGAACAUAUUUUCAGGGCCAAUCCCAUCCUCCUUAGGUAACUUGACUUCAGUGACAAGGCUCUUCAUGAAGGGGAAUAGGUUUGAGGGAAGCAUACCUCCUAGUCUUGGAAACUGCCAAAAUCUUUGA